CAAGGCAAGUGGAGCAGAAAAUGAAAAUAGUCAGACAAAACCUGCAACUAUGACUGCCACUGAAUUAGUAGAUCCCGAAAGUUCGAACAAAGCAACCCUCAACAAUUUGCACUUCACCGAAUCAAGGACGAUUGAGUUGCUUUCUGCUCCUAAAAGGCCAGAAUUUCGAGCAACUGUAUUACAAGUGGCUGAUCCUGACCUCAUUGACUAUUGCGUUCUAGAUUAUCCUCAGGAAUAUCCCAACUCAGUUCAGCUUCAGUACCUUACAGAGGUACAACAUUUUCAAAACGAUAUCUUUCAAAAGAAAUUUGCUUGGCAAAAUUAUCGCAAAAUCAUCCAAAAAGAAGUCACUCCCAAAAUGGAUAUUGAAAAACAAACUCUUAAGGAAACGAAAUUUCAGCAACCAAUUAGACCAACACAUUUCAAAAUUCAGCCACUCCCGUAUUAUAGUUCAUCAUACAAAUUCAAUUUUGGCACAAUUUCUCUGGGACAACAAGUGAACUGGACGUUUGACAUAUUUUACCAUGGCCCAGGGAAAGCAAAUUUUUCAAUACGGUCAUUGAUUGUCAUUCCAGGGAUGAAAAUAACGUUUUUGGAGCCGAGUUUUGAUUGUGAUGGAGUUCACGGUGAUUACAAAUUCACGAUAUACAACAACGACCUCAACCCAAAGGAGAAUUACAAAUAUCGCAGCAUUAAUAGCCGAAGUUCUGAAGAGAUUCAAAGCAUUCGAAAUGAUUGUGGGGAUUGCCAGGGAAAGGCUUUAUGUCACGCUCAUUCGUAUGACUUCGAUCCUUACUUAAUUCAUACGCGAGAAACCAAUGCUCUCAAUCGACGCGCUAUCAAUGAAUUCUAUUCUUGGUGGAAUAAUCCUAAUCGAGAGGUUAAGGACCCGAAUAUUCACUGCGAACUUUUCCAGGAACGAUUGGGAAAAACAGCGUAUAAAAUUUUCAAAUUUAAUAUAGACUUCAAGCCAACCUCAAACUUUUAUAACGAUCCAACGUUUUUUGAAGAUUUCAUUUAUAUCGAUAUUCACUUGGGUCCUACAGUGCCAAUUCUGCUUCAAGGCACUAUAUCUUCAGCCAAAACAAGUGGUUCUGAAUCAAUGAAUGAAGAAUGAAACCGCUUAUCUAUACCGUACAUCAUUAAAAUUAUUUACUACUUAUUGUUUGAGAAUACACUUUAAUUAUUUUAUAACAAAUUGCUACAAUUCGCCACCUUAUAAAUAAAUUGUGAUUUAAUAAAGGAAACCAUUAAUCA